AUGAACGACAGCAGCAGCAGCGAUGACAGGCUGCUGAAGAGCAACGACCGGACGCGUUUGAACAUCAUGAUGUCCCUGGUGCAGUUGCUGGUAUGGCCCUUCAUCUCCAUCAACCUCUUCAUGUAUUUCGUCUUCCGGCACAAGCGGGCCUUCCGGACCGAACCACGCUACCUGCUCUUUGCCCAAACGCUGCUGGCCGACUCUGCGCUUUUCCUCAUGACAGACUUUGUGGUGAUCACCAUCAACGUUCAUCAGCUGCUGCCGAUUGGCUUCUGCAUCCCCUUCCUCAUCAUCAUGUACACCUUCAACCAGGUCUCACCCACUGUCAUCACUGCCAUGUGCCUGGAGCGCUACGUGGCCAUCUGUAUACCACUACGACAUGUCAACAUCUUCUCCCCCAACAGGACUCUGAUCGUCAUAGCCAUAGUGUGGUUCUUGAGCUUCAUAAAGCCUUUCAUAGACUUCCUCAUCCUACUCUCUGCUGUAUCCCAGGGUUACUUCAAAAGACUCAACUUCUGCUAUUAUGAAAUUAUUCUGCUGGCAAAGUGGCAUAUGAUGAUGAGAGGCAACCUGUACAUUAUGAAUUAUCUGGCCAUUUUAGUUGUCUUGCUGUUCUGCUACGCGUCGAUCUUCCGUGUGGCUCGACGGGCCUCGGGUAAAGAUAAGAAGGCAGCAGCAAGAGGGCAGAAGACACUGCUCCUCCACCUUCUACAGCUCUUUCUUUGCACUUUAGAAAUUAUCUGCCCCUACGUUGAGGCAAGGGUCAUGGAGGUUGAUGUGGAGAUGUAUCUUAUCCUGCGCUAUUUUAACUUUUUAGCGUUCACCGUUCUCUCCCGGGCAAUUAUUCCUCUGAUCUAUGGCUUCAGAGAUGAGAAGUUUUAUGCUGCAAUGAAAAGCUAUACCUUGUGUAAGAGGAAUCAUGUUUCAACUCGUAAGAAAAAUGUGACACAAUGUGCCAAAUAAAAAAAAGAAAAGA